AUGACUGCCUCUAACACCCCCCAAUUGCUGAAGCACUCCGGCAUCGUUUUGUCUGGAUUGCUGGCUGGAGGACAGUUCUUCACCACCCUGUACGUGAAGCCCAUGCUGGAUCGAAUGUCUACUAGCGACGCAUACAAUUUGUUCGAGCUCAUCUAUCAUGUGGGACAGGUGGUCUUUCCUGCCCUGACACUCAUGAGCUCGGCAUCAUUUGCUACUGCUGCUUACCUGGAGAAGGACAUUAACCCCACCAACAGCCGACAGCUGGCUUACUCAGCAGCUCUGGUCUUCGCGUUGCUGCCCUACACACGAUUCGCCAUGUGGCCCACUCUGACAAAGCUGUUUGCUGCCAGUGCUGACAAGGUCAAGGGCCCGAACGUUAAGGCGCUGUUGAAGAUGUGGAUCGUCCACCACUACAUUCGAAACAUCUUCACCCUACUUGGUUUCAUUGGAGGGGUUGCUGCUACUGUUUAG